AUGGAUUCUAAAAUGGGUAUAGUUCUCCUUUUAUUGGCAUGGACCAUUAUACACUUUCUCUCAAAGAAAAUAAGGAGAAAACGAAACCACAAGCUUCCACCAGGACCUUCUCCUAUUACCUUUGUGGGAAACCUGGUUGAACUUGGCAAAAAGCCACAGCAAACAUUGGCCAAACUUGCUAACCUUCAUGGCCCCAUAAUGUGUUUCAAGCUAGGUCAACUAACCACCAUAGUUAUCUCCUCACCAGACAUAGCCAAAGAGGUUCUCCAAACCCAUGAUUUGUUAUUCUCAGAUCGAACAGUUCCACUUGCCACAACAGUUCACAACCACAACCAUUAUAGCUUACCAUUUCUCCCCAUUUCACCUCUUUGGAGAGACCUUAGGAAAAUAUGCAACAACCAAUUGUUCUCCCACAAGUCCCUUGAUGCAAGCCAAAACCUUAGACGCAUGAAACUGCAUGAGCUCCUCGAUGAUGUGCAUGCAAGUAGCCUCAGUGGUGUCCCGGUGGAUAUUGGAGCUUUGGCUUUUAGAACUGCGAUUAACUUUUUAUCAAACACUUUUUUCUCUUUGGAUUUUGUUAACUGUGCAGGUGAAACUGAAGAGUACAAGAUCAUAGUGGAGAAUCUUGUGAGAGCAAUUGCAACGCCAAACGUGGCGGAUUUUUUCCCGUUGUUGAAGAUGGUAGAUCCACAAGGCAUUAGAAGGCGUUCAUCUACUUACAUUUCCAAGUUGUUUGUUAUUUUUGACAGAUUGAUUCACAAACGAUUGCAGCUUGCAGAUAUCGUAAAUAAUGAUGAUAUGUUAGACACCUUGCUCAACAUUUCUCAAGAGGACGGUCAAAAGAUGGACAUCAAAAAGAUUAAGCAUUUAUUCCUUGAUCUAGUUGUUGCUGGGACAGAUACAACAUCAUAUACAAUAAAAUGGGCAAUGGCUGAGCUAAUGAAUAACCCAGAUGCAAUGUCAAAAGCCAAGAGGGAGCUUGAGCAAACCACUGGAAUAGGCAACCCUGUUGAGGAAUCAGACAUUGCAAGACUCCCAUAUUUGCAUGCAAUUAUAAAAGAGACCUUGCGCAUGCACCCAUCGGCACCACUUUUGUUGCCAAGAAAUGCCAAGAUAGAUGUGGAAAUCAAUGGCUACUUUAUUCCACAAGGCGCACAAAUCGUAAUCAAUGAAUGGGCCAUUGGAAGAAACCCUAGCACAUGGGAUAAUCCUAACUUGUUUUCACCCGACAGAUUCUUGGGAUCAGAAAUUGAUGUGAAAGGAAGACACUCUCAACUCACACCGUUUGGAGGUGGGCGAAGAAUAUGCCCUGGCUUGGCCUUAGCUAUGAGGAUGUUGCCUUUGAUGUUGGGAUCAUUGAUCAACACUUUUGACUGGAAAUUUGAAAACAAUGUGAACCCAGAUAUUGAUAUGGGUCAAUCCUUGCGAGCUACUCCUUUUAGAAUAAACAAAUAG